GGAGGAGAAACGUUCGGUCCGCGCGUGUCAAAACGAACAAACGUUAGCAAGACUUCGAUUUCGUAGUGACAUUUAUUGGAAACCAAUUGGACUUAAAGUGCAAUACAUAAACUAGCCAGUGUAACGCGUUUACAAUUAGUAUUCAAUACGAGCUCCAUUCAUAAAUGUUGUGGGCGUUGGAACCACCCUCCAAAAAGAAUUGUUAAAUAUUUGUACACACCACCACUAACGGAACGCACGCACUUACAUAUUUUACAUUGCGAGUGGCGCCAACAUAUGUAAAGCAGCGAUAAGGAAAACAACCCAGAAAAGGAAAGCAGGAAAAAAACAGAGGCCCAAUUACUGGCAGGCAGGCGGCUGGAGUCGUUUGGAGUGAGUCAACUCCCACAACAAUUGCCGCUGAUGAGGUGAACGAACUAGUCGGCUCUAACAGCAUCCAUUUUUAGCCCCAUCCUCCAUCGUCAACAAUUAAGACAACCCUAAUUGGAGGCCCAGAGCCGCUGGCGAGGAGGAGGGAGCAUCUUCGCUCAAGAUGCCGUCACUGCGCCAGAAGGUCACCACUUACUUCCGCCAGUUGAGCUUCAUCGCGGAGCCUCGCGAGGGUCGUCGGCGGGCUAGCGAGCACGAGGAUGACGAUGGAAGCUUUAUUACCAAAUAUCUGGAGGGGCGGAUGCAGCGACAGUUUGUGGACGGUCCAAAGAUAUACAAUGGCCAAAAUCCCACAGACAUGCCCAUUCUGAAGUUAAACCCCUACGAGGCUGGAACCUGCUCUAUAACAGCUGCCUGCACAGGACCGGAUGAGGGUCUCACCGGAAUUAAGCGCUCAAAACUCCAUUUGAGCACCAGCUUUGCGGAUGACAUUGACUUCAUAGAUACGCAGCAGGAGAACGAUGACAGCUAUGGGGUCAGGAAGAGUACUCCGCCAGUUCAGGCGACAACACAGAAUCCCACGCGACUGGCCAGUAAAUUUGGACGCCCGCCGAAUGGAUCUAGGAGACAGAGCAGCACUGAGCAGCCAUCCGGAUCCGCUCCGGCGUCAGGGAUGCGUUCCCGCAAGAAUUCCAAGAGCAGCAUAGCCAAUCUGGCCGCGGCAUCUACUAACAGCGAUGUUGCUAAAGCCAACAGCGAUCAGAACAACAGGAACCUGUUGAAUGCAAAGACUGAGGCUUCGGCGGACGGUGAUUCCAACUCGGAGCGAGAACGUCUGCUCCGCGAGGCGGUGAGCAACCAGGAUGGCUCUGCACCAGCUGCAGUAGUUGCCGGCGUGGAAAAUUGGCGCAUGGAGUGUGAUUUUGCAUAUGGAAUCUCGGUGUCCCUCUACGAGACGAACAUGCUGACUAAAGAACCCAUGGGCAAUCCCAUAGCUGACUGCUACGGAAUGGUUGUGCGCGGUGAUUCAGCUGCUAUGGCCAUGGCAGAUGGUGUUAACUGGGGCGAUGGAGCUCGCCUGGCCGCACGAUCCGCUGUCCACGGCUGCCUAGACUACCUGGAUCGGGCGGUCUUCGGUCAGGCGUUGGAGUGCCGUGCCACCACAACCCAGGAGGUUUUUGUGAGUCUGCUGCGAAGUCUUUGGGAGGGACACGGUUGUAUCCUAGAGGUUGGAGGAGCACUGUCUACGCUGACAAUUGCCGUGGUGCUACCGCUGGACGGUGCGCCGGGCAAAUAUGUCGUGUGCUCGUGCAACGUGGGCGAUUCCCUGGGCUAUGUGUACUCCAAAAAGCACGGAGUACGGGAACUGACACAGGCUUCCCACGAUAUCAGUUCCAUGCGAGACAUGCGUGACGCCUUGGGCGCGUUGGGACCUGCGGAUGGCAACAAACCAGAGCUGAGCAAUCUGACCUUCUCGAUGACCUGCAUCGAAAGCGGAGACAUAGUGUUUCUUACCUCGGAUGGCAUUAGCGAUAAUUUCGAUCCCGUUGUGGGCAAGUUCGCUGAAGCUUGGACACCGGAUGUUAAGCUUCAGUCCUCGGGACAGGGAAAACCCGCCGUCCUAGCACCCAAACGACAGAACAAAAGUGCAUCCGCGAUAUAUGCCCGCCUUCAUCCCUCGACGCCGCCCACGCGACCUGCUCGACAGGCCAAAGCGGGAAGUCCACCCAGUAAUGCGCCCAGCCGACCAAAGUAUAUGCGUUCCCAAACGCUCAUUGAACCACGCCAGGGAUUGAUAUCGCCUCCACCGCCAUCUGUUGCGCCCCAGCGCAUUCCAAAAUCCAUUUCUGGUUUACCCCUGGUGACCGGCCCUCAGAGGCAUGCUCUCACUCUGUACCGCUUGGAAGAUUUGCUCAGCUACGGUAUUAACGGAACUUUCUCGCCCUGCGUUUCGGCCCGAAGACUUUGCCACUUGCUCAUUGAUUUCGUAAGAAUGAUAACUUCCGCCAGGAGAAAGACCCUGGAACAAAGGGAACUCUUCUAUAAACUAGCUACGGGUCCGGAUGGCGCCAAGCGGGAGGUGCAACUGAAUCGAAUGCAACAUCGGGCUGCUAGGAAGAGAGUGGUGGACAGUAGUGCCUUUGUAGCACUGCCCGGAAAACUGGAUCAUGCCACUGUGAUGGCCUACACUGUGGGCGGUGGAGAGGAUCACAGUAAUGGGAACGAUGGUGGCGAUGGAGGAGCUAUUUCUCCUGUACUGCAGUCCAAGGAGUUCAAAGAGACGAAUUUCUAAGAAGAGAAGGAAACGCUAGACUGGAGACUAAGCUUUUUAUACAUUUUUUCUCACUCACAUAUGGGUAGUUCUAUCUUCUAUGUACAGACAGUUAUCUUUAGGGUCUAUAAUAAAUUUCAAGUUUAUGUUUUUGGGUUUUUGAUUAGAUAGUUACGCAGAAAGUGCCAAUUAUUUGCUUGUUUUGUUAUCUUAAAGAAAAUAGAACGUAAAAUACAUCAAUCAUAUUGUUAGAUAUUCGCCAAAUAUCAUAUAUUUAGUUCGACUAUUUAAGCAUAUUAGUUUUUACUUUCAUAAUUUCAAAGUCAAUAAAUUUUUUAUUAGAUUAAGUUAUGUAAGACCCUAAAAGAGAAUGGUUUAUAUAUUUUACACAGAAGUACCCAUAUGCACACAUAUAUAUAUUUAUAUAAACACUGACAUACAUAAAUAGUGAUAUAUCUCACAUGUAACUUUAAUAUUCAUAGAGCUUUUGUUUAAGUUUGUUGAUUUGAAUUCGGUAUUCUCAUUUGUCAGCCAUAGUUUUUUAGCCAUUUAUUUGUAAAUUGCAAACGACAGAAAUGCCUCAAAUGUUUUAAACUACCAAAAAGAAUAAGGAAAUACACAAAAGAUGUACAUCGUA